AGAGAGAAUGAAUGAAUGACUGAAAGAAUGAAUAAAAGAACGAAAAAAAAAAAAGAAAUUGUAAUUAAUGUUAACAUUGUGUUUAUGUGUAUGUGUUUGAUAUUCGUAUGUAGAGUUAGUCCCCUUGGUAAGAAAGUUCAUAGAUCAUAGUGUUGUGUGUAACCUGUGAAGAAGUGAGUGUUAUUAAAGAGUCUGACGUACCCAGCGUCCAGUGUUGGCGUCGCUUAUUGAGUUCAGUGUUCUGUAGUGUAUUAAUAAUCUUAUAAGUGUAUUAUUUAAGCUUACGCCGCGACCUCGUGAGAGCUGUAUCUUUCAGAGGUCAUAUAUAUGCUAGAAAUGUUUAUUUCAAAUUAGAACUUCACUAUCGUUAUAGUUAGGGCUACUUUUUGGUUAUUCAAAAGAAGUUUUGCUCACAUCAAAGCUAUCGACUUUCGCCUAUAGGAAAUAAUAAUCACCACAGUUUGUCAUUUAGAUCUUUAGUCUGAUAGGAGCUUAAGAUUUAGACACUGCGGGGAAAAAAUAUGAAAUACCUAUAGGUUAACUAACUGCUGUCAGGAAAUUGAUUUUUUUUUUCUAUAAGGUUUUCACAAAAUAGUCGCCGAAAUAUUUUUUUCUCGACUGUCUAGCCUAGAGCGAUAAUAAUUGAUUAUUUUUAAGAAAAAAAACAAUACAAAAUUAUUUUUUUUUUUAAAAAAGAUAAUGAAAGAAAAACGAAGUCUGGUUUACUGUUUUCUAUGUGCAGUGGCUUACGUUACACUAGUAUGUUAUUAUUUCAUGGCUUACUUAUGUGUCAACAUUACACAAACAGUUGUAGAGGAGACAGAGACGGUACCCUUCUUCAUAAAGAUGAAUGUUUCUUUCUGGGGAUUAAAGAAGGGAGAUAACUUAUCCACCAAUGUUCAAUUCUCUCUAAAAUAUACGAAUUCUAGUGCAUGCCCUUUGGCGGAAUUUCUGGCCGUAAUCGAUGAAACAUUCUGGAAGUUUGGCGCGGAAGCUUUGUGUGAAAACGAUACUGAUAAAAUAGACAUCUUGUGUCUGGUAUACCUACGUCAGCUAGGCAUUAGCAGGCAGCUGGAGCGCGGAGCGUGCGCUCUGGACUCCAAAGGCUUAGUACCCAAGAUCGUAUACUUUGUUACCCUCGGAGCGUACACUUUUCACAUGUGGAACUACAUCGCGGUGGUAGCUGCCUAUCGCCAUGUUCAGCCUGUGGCGUUGUAUAUUGUUGGAGAUAGGCACCCUCAGGGUGUAUGGUGGGAGCGUGUCAGAAGAGACGUCCCAGGACUCAGAUUUGUCUUCAGGGAGAAACCUUCAAGUAUAGCGGGGCGACCAGCAAAGUUUGUGGAACACUUGUCAGACCUUGUCAGAAUGCAGCUGCUGUAUAUGAAUGGUGGCAUUUACCUUGAUCUUGAUAUGGUGGUUUUGAGAAGUCUUGAACCUCUGUUAGGAUUUGACUUAACCGCUGGACUAAUGAGUCCUGUAGAAAUUGCCAACGCUUUUCUUAUCAGCAGAAGGAGAAACGCAUUUCUUAAAGACUGGUACAUAGGUUUUCAAGACUACGAAGCCAAAUGGACCUUUACCAUGGAAAAAGCGUACAACCUGUCCAGACAGAACGUUUGCCAGGUUUAUAUCGUGCCAGACUUGUACCGCCCGUUCUGGAAUGAGAUGCCAUUACUUCUGAACUCUAGUUUUUACUUCGACUGGACUAGAAGCUACGCCAUACACAUCUGGACAAAGAAUGGGAAAAUUCCCAGCACUGUGGACUCGAUACAAACAGACAAUUCCACCAUAAGCCAAGUUUUCCGAUUCGUACUUUACGGUGACUCCAGGCCACGGCACGCUGACCCGUAUCAUCGUAAUUUAACUGAGCUAAAAAAGCUGCUUUAAUGUGUAGUUGCUGUGUAUAUUUCAA